AGCUGCAAUAUACAGUUUUGUCCAAACGCUUUCAUUUUCAAUUCUCAAUUCCCACACUACAAAUUCUCUCAAUCAAUGAUAGUAAUUCAAUCAUACUUCUGAAAAUCCAAAGUCCCUAUAUUCUCUCCGCAUAACAAUGGAUCCAUCAUCAUCAUCAUCACUUCAUCAAAACGACGCCGUUUCUUCAUCUUCUCCACUCUCACACACUACUCCUCAACGCACUACUUUCUUAUACUCUCGCUCUUCAUCUUUCUCUUCCGACGACGACGACGUUUCAUCUUCCAAUUCAAUUCAAUCCACCAACCGUCGUCUCGACUGCAUGCUCCAAUUCCUCGACCGUAAAUUAACGAUCGCCGACCACCACGACCUCCGCCGUACCUCAAUUUCCGGUCAAACUUCUUUACCUGAAUUCAUCGCUAAAGGAGGCGGUACCGGAAUCUUCAAACCACCUGUACGUGCCGCGGUUCAUCCGUCGCGACCUCCCUGUCUUGAAUUGAGACCUCAUCCGUUACGUGAGACUCAGAUUGGACGGUUUUUGAGGAACAUUGUUGCGACUGAGUCGCAACUUUGGGCGGCUACUGAAAUCGGACUCCGAUUCUGGAACUUUACAGAUCUAUACGCGUCGUGGUAUGGUGUUGGAGGAGAAGGUGUUGUUAGAAGUGGCGAUGAAGAGAGUGCGCCGUUUCGUGAAUCGGUUUGGACUUCGCCGGCGCUUUGUUUGGUUGCGGAUGAAGGGAAUAGGUUGGUUUGGAGUGGACAUAAAGACGGGAAGAUUAGGUGUUGGAAUAUGGAUUAUCAGAAUUUGAAUGAUAAUAACAAAUGGAGUAAUCAUUUCAAGGAAAGAUUAUCUUGGCAUGCUCAUCGUGGACCUGUUCUUUCUCUUACAAUCACUUCUUAUGGUUAUUUUUCAUUCUUUAUUCUUUGUUUGUUGUUAUGCAGAUGCUUGUUUGGAUUGGAAAAUUUUAUUCGUUUUUACCAAAUAUAUACCAGCUCUCUAAGGGAUCUGUGGUCGGGUUCUGAAGGAGGUGUUAUAAAAAUAUGGCCUUGGGAGACUGUUGAAAAAUCUAUUCACCUGACAGAGGAGGAAAGGCACAUGGCUGUCAUAUAUAUGGAGAGGUCCUAUGUUGACUUGAGGAGCCAGUUAUCUACAAAUGGCUACAAUAACAUGUUAACUUCAGAUGUAAAGUACUUAGUAUCAGAUAAUUCAAAGGCAAAGGUGUGGAGUGCGGGUUAUUUUUCAUAUGCUUUAUGGGAUGCCCGUACAAGAGAGUUACUGAAAGUUUUCAAUUCAGAUGGCCAGAUGGAGAAUCGAUCGGACUUGUCCUCAAUACAAGACUUUCCAGUUGAGCUUGUUUCAAGUUCUAGGAAAGACAAAGCACAAAGUUCCAUUGGGUUCCUUCAGCGCUCACGUAAUGCCAUCAUGGGGGCAGCAGAUGCUGUUCGUCGAGUUGCAGCAAAGGGAGGCUUUGGGGAUGAUAAUCGAAGAACUGAAGCACUUGUAGUAACAAUUGAUGGAAUGAUUUGGACAGGGUAUUCAAGUGGCUUGGUAGUGCAAUGGGAUGGAAAUGGCAAUCGCAUACAGGAUUUUCUUUACCACUCAUUUGGUGUUCAAUGUUUUUGUACUUAUGGCAUGCAAAUUUGGGUAGGUUACGUGUCUGGUAUUGUCCAGGUAUUGGACCUCAAGGGUAAUCUGAUUGGGGGUUGGGUGGCUCAUAGCUGUCCAAUUGUAAAAUUGACAGUUGGAGUUGGCUAUGUAUUUGCUUUGGGUAACCACGGGGGCAUACGAGGAUGGAACAUCACCUCUCCAGGACCUCUUGAUAGCAUUUUGCAUUCAGAAUUGGGUGGCAAAGAAUUUUUAUAUACUAAAAUAGAAAACAUAAAAAUAUUGAGUGGCACUUGGAAUGUUGGACAAGGAAAAGCAUCUCAAGAUUCCCUUACUUCAUGGCUAGGUUCUGUGGCCUCAGAUGUUGGCCUUGUUGUUGUUGGGUUGCAAGAGGUUGAAAUGGGGGCUGGAUUUCUUGCAAUGUCUGCAGCUAAAGAAACUGUAGGACUGGAGGGUAGUUCUGCUGGGCAAUGGUGGCUGGAUAUGAUAGACAAAACAUUGGAUGAAGGUUCAACAUUUGAACGUAUUGGAUCCAGGCAACUUGCAGGAUUGGUCAUUGCUGUGUGGGUUAAAACGAACAUUAGAGUUCAUGUUGGGGAUGUUGAUGCGGCAGCAGUUCCAUGUGGUUUUGGACGUGCUAUUGGAAAUAAGGGAGCUGUUGGUUUGAGGGUUAGAGUGUAUGGUCGGAUUAUGUGCUUUAUUAAUUGUCACUUUGCUGCACAUUUAGAUGCAGUUGGUCGUCGCAAUUCAGAUUUUGAUCAUGUAUACCGGACAAUGUCCUUCAGCCGGCCAACAAACCUUUUAAAUGCAACACCUGUUGGAACUUCAUCUUCUUUUUCAAUGUUUCGUGGUGCAAAUUCUGCAGAAGGGAUGCCUGAGUUAUCUGAGUCAGACAUGAUUGUAUUUCUUGGUGAUUUUAAUUAUCGACUUGAUGACAUUUCGUAUGAUGAAGCAAGAGAUUUUGUUUCUCAAAGAUGCUUUGAUUGGCUUAGAGAAAGGGACCAACUUCGAGCAGAAAUGGAAGCUGGCAAUGCCUUCCAAGGAAUGCGUGAAGCAAUAAUAACCUUUCCUCCCACAUACAAGUUUGAACGACACCAAGCUGGUUUGGCAGGGUAUGAUUCUGGUGAAAAGAAACGCAUUCCUGCCUGGUGUGACAGAAUUUUGUAUCGUGAUAGUCGCUCUUCUCUGGGUGCUGAAUGCAGUUUGGAGUACCCUGUUGUCUCUUCAAUAUUGCAGUACGAAGCCUGCAUGGAUGUCACAGAUAGUGACCACAAGCCUGUGCGCUGCAUCUUUUCUACAGAUAUUGCUCGGGUAGAUGAACCAAUACGGAGACAGGAGUUCGGAGAAAUUCUCGAGUCAAAUGAGAAAAUAAAAUGUCUUCUGAAAGAAUUGUACAAGAUUCCUGAAACUAUUAUAAGUACAAACAACAUAAUUCUUCAAAACCAGGACACAUUAAUUUUGCGUAUUACUAAUAAAUGUACAGAAGACAAUGCUUUGUUUGAAAUAAUUUGCGAAGGGGAGUCUACUGUUAUGGAGAAUAAGAAGAAGGCAACAAACCAUCAGUUGAAAGGUUCCUUUGGCUUGCCUAGGUGGCUUGAGGUAAGUCCUGCAACUGGUAUUAUAAGACCAGAUCACAUUGUUGAGGUAUCAGUGCAUCAUGAGGAAUUUCAGACUCUUGAAGAGUUUGUUGAUGGUGUUGUACAAAACUCUUGGUGCGAAGAUUCCAGGGACAAGGAAGCAAUUUUGAUUGUUAAGGUGCAUGGGAAUUAUACUAUCCAGACAAGAAAUCACAGAGUCCGUGUUCACCACUGUUAUUCAUCCAAGAAAAACCAACUCACGGACCCUCAAUCAAAUGGCUCCAGGCAUGUCCAAGGAAGUGUACUUCACCGAUCUGAUUUCCAACGUUUAAGUAGUUCCUUUGAUGUGGUUGACCAGCUACAUAAAUUGCAUAGCCCUUAAAUCAGUAAUUAAGGGAGCUUGUGAUUGAAGUUGAAUCAUGGAGCUGAUUGAUCUGUACAGUGAAAGCAAAUGCAAGGCAAAAAGUAGCUUUGACAAAACCAAUUAUUCCAAAAGGAGCUUAUUUUAACCUGUAAAUGUAUAUCUACAUACAAAACAGCGCAAGCUACAAUUGAAAGGGAAAAUUCAAUGGCAUGCUAGGGCAAAUGAAGCUACUAUUGUUGAGUUUGUUUUUUGAACUAAGGUUGCUUCAAACAAAUAUUUUUGAACUUCAUAGUUUCUAGCAUCUCAUUACUUGCUUGGAAUUUUUGUAUAAUGGAAGUCCAUUUCAUUAAUGACUUCCUACUUCAUAUUAUAUUUUGUGACCAUCGAAUCAAUACAAUAUACAUAUAAAAGGACAAUGGGUAUUACUAAGAAAAUCUGAAUUUAUAUUA